UUACCUUUUUGCCCUUAGCAAAAGCCCUAAACAAAACCUCCACUCACUCUCCCAACAUGAAAACAACACUAUAAAAGCCACUUUCCCUUCAAACUUCACUCCAUCGAGUUAGCCACCUUUAAUAUCUUCACUCAUACAGUCUUAGUAGCUCAAAAAAAUAAAAAAAUAAUUAAAAAAAAUGGUAUCGGAAACAAUGGAGUCUAUAAUCCUUCAGCUCCACGACAUCGCUGCCGUGAAGUUCGGCGAAUUCAAGCUGAAAUCCGGUAUCUCAUCGCCAAUCUACAUCGAUCUCCGUUUAAUCGUUUCGUAUCCGUCGAUCCUCCGUCAAAUUUCUCAAACUCUAGUUAGCUCGCUUCCAUCAUCGACUGUCUACGACGUCGUGUGCGGCGUGCCGUAUACGGCGUUGCCUAUAGCGACGUGUAUUUCGACUGCGUGUGAUGUUCCGAUGGUGAUGAGGAGGAAGGAGGUGAAGGAUUACGGAACGGCGAAAGCGAUUGAAGGUGCGUUUGAGAAAGGAAUGAAGUGUUUGAUUGUUGAGGAUUUGGUUACUAGUGGUGCUUCUGUGCUUGAAACUGCUGCUCCUCUUCGGGAUGUUGGGUUGAAGGUUACUGAUGCUGUCGUGAUGAUUGACAGAGAGCAAGGAGGAAGGGAAAAUUUGGCUGAGAAUGGAAUCACGUUGCAUUCAAUGGUGAAACUGACUGAGAUGGUGAGGAUACUAAAGGAGAAGGGUAGGGUUUCAGAGGAAACAGAGAAAAUGGUGAUUAAAUUCUUGGAGGAGAAUCGCAAGGUUGCGGUUCCUGCGCCAGUGAAGGAAACAAAGGCCAGGGUCAGAUUACCAUAUGGCGAGAGGGCAAAGAUUGCAAAAAAUCCUACAGGAAAGAAGCUGUUUGAAAUUAUGGUGCAGAAGGAGACUAAUUUGUGUCUGGCUGCUGAUGUGGCCACAGCGGCUGAACUGCUAGCUAUUGCUGACAAGGUUGGACCUGAAAUCUGCAUGUUAAAAACACAUGUUGAUAUAUUACCUGAUUUCACUCCCGACUUCGGUUCUAAGCUUAGAUCGAUUGCAGACAAACACAACUUCUUAAUAUUCGAAGACCGUAAAUUUGCUGACAUUGGAAAUACAGUGACCAUGCAAGCUGAAGGAGGUAUCUUCCGCAUUUUAGACUGGGCUGAUAUUAUUAACGCACACAUUAUUUCUGGUCCAGGAAUCGUUGAUGGUCUGAAACUCAAGGGCUUGCCGCGUGGUAGGGGCCUGCUGCUUCUGGCUGAAAUGAGCUCUGCGGGUAACCUAGCCACAGGAGCUUACACAGCAGCGGCAGUAAAAAUUGCUGAGGAUCACUCAGAUUUCGUCAUUGGAUUCAUCUCUGUGAAUCCUGCUUCUUGGCCUAAUGGUCCUGGAAACCCAUCCCUCAUCCACGCUACACCUGGUGUUCAAUUGGUAAAAGGAGGAGAUGCUCUAGGCCAACAAUAUAACACUCCAAAUUCAGUUAUUGCCGAUAGAGGCAGUGAUAUUAUCAUCGUUGGCCGUGGAAUUAUCAAGGCUGCUAACCCCGCAGAGGCAGCUCGUGAAUACCGGCUUCAAGGUUGGGAUGCAUAUUUAGUGAACUGCAAAUAAGGGUCAUUUGCAGGGGCUUGUUUUACUGCGAACUAUGAGCGUCUUUCCAGCUUUGGUUUCCUUCGCAUUUGCCCAAUGUUUCCUUUUCGCCCUUUCACUCCCGAGUUGGGCUGCAAAGUUUAGCGUUAUCGCUCAGCUAUAGAAGCAUGUUGAAACUAUAUGUGCUCUCGAAAGAAUAAUUCUCGAAUUGAAUAACUUAUUGAUUGUUGUCCUUAAA